AUGGACGAUUCCGAUGACGAAUAUACUGAAGGUUCCGAGCUGAAGAAGAGCUCAAACGCCUCGCGCAGGUCUAAGUCAUCAAAGUCAGCGUCCAAGGCAUCUUCUGGUGGUCGUGUAAAUGCCGAAGGCUCCGCCAGUAUCAAGUCGCUGAAGAGCGCCAACGGCAGUUAUGCCUGGGAAGACAAAUACCAACGCAGUUGGGAUAUUGUCAUGGAGGAUGACGAAGGAAGCUUAGAAGGUGCUGUUGCCGGGAUGGUUGAAGCUUCUAAGAAACGGAGAAUUACCAAAACUUCUAUCCCUUUUCAGCGCGGUAUCAUCCGCAACUUUGUUUUGAUUCUCGAUCUCAGCUUUGCCAUGCUUGAAAAGGACUUGCUCCCUAAUAGAUACCAACUAAUGCUCACCUAUGCAAUUGAUUUUGUCAAGGAAUUUUACAAUCAAAACCCGAUUUCACAAAUGGCAGUUGUUGGCAUGAGCGAAGGUCUUGCAGUUUUGAUUUCUGAUUUAAGUGGGUCUCUUCACAACCAUAUCUCGGCACUGCAAAAACUUAGAAAACAAGAACCUAAAGGCGAUCCAUCGCUGCAGAAUGCCUUGGAAAUGGCCCGUGGAUUACUAUAUCAUGCUCCACGUCACUCAACUCGUGAGGUUCUUAUUAUCUUUGGUGCACUUUUUUCCUCAGAUCCAGGCGACAUUCAUCAAACUAUUGACGCACUUGUUAAGGCUCAAAUUCGAGUUCGGGUCAUAGGUCUCGCAGCACAAGUUGCCGUUUGCAAAGAACUCAGUAUGAAGACAAACUUUGGUGACGAAAAAGCUUACGGAAUUAUUCUUAACGAUGCUCAUUUCAAAGAACUGCUGCAUGAAACCACAACACCUCUUGCUGUCAACAAGCUCUCAACUCAAGGUGCCUCUACCCUUGUCAAAAUGGGGUUCCCGUCACGUAUCUCAGAAGUCACUUCCACACUGUGCUCCUGCCACUCAAAAAUCACACGAGGAGGCUACAUCUGCCCUCGCUGCCGCUCCAAAGUUUGCAACCUACCCUCCCAAUGUCCUUGCUGUGACCUAACAUUAGUCUUUUCGACUCAUCUGGCCCGAUCUUAUCACCAUCUUUUCCCACUGAAACCUUAUCUGGAAGUUGAAAAGCAAUACGCUUAUCUUCAUGACCAAUGCUUUUCUUGCCAGUUUGCUUUCCCAUUAUACGACUCCUUGUCAGAAGAUGGAAGCACUUCUCGGUACUCAUGCCCUGAUUGCAACAACUUUUUUUGCAUAGACUGCGAUCUCUACGUCCAUGAAACCCUACACAACUGCCCAGGCUGUGAAACCAAGGCAAUUAAGCCUGCUUUAAUACCACAACCUACACUGAAACUUAAAAUCAGUAAAAAAUAA